CGCGCUCCUCGGGUGGGAGAGCGUGGACUGGGCGAAGCGCGUCGUCACGGGCGAGCGGGUCCGCGCGCCGUCGCGUGCUGUGACAGAGCGCGCGCUGCCGCGAAUACUGGAAGCGGACGAACGGCGGGACACAUGGAGAGCGCCAUCCAGCGCGCGGCGUGGGCAGUGGUCGUGGCGUCAGUGCUCGUCGUGUGCGAGGUGGCAGCAGAAGGCGAUGACCAGAAGGUGUUCCUGAGGGAAUUCACGCUGAUCCGACGUGACCACCUCCCUGAGGAGACUGCCGAGGGCCCUGGGGGCCACAAGCCUGAUGACUCGAACUCGCGUACGGCCCGUUCCGAGGAGGACCGCGACACCCUCUGGGAUGCUUGGGGCCCGUGGAGCGAGUGCUCUCGAACCUGCGGAGGUGGAGCUUCCUACUCCCUGCGACGUUGCCUCAGCUCCAGGACGUGUGAGGGCCAGAACAUCAAAUACAGGACCUGCAGCAACGUGGACUGCCCUCCAGGAGCUGGUGACUUCCGUGCCCAGCAGUGCUCUGCACACGCAGAUGUCCGACACCAGGGCCGGUACCACGACUGGAUUCCCGUGGACAAUGACCCCGAGAACCCCUGCGCUCUGAAGUGCCGAGCCCAAGGCUCGGACCUGGUGGUAGAGCUGGCGCCCAAGGUGCUGGAUGGCACGCGCUGCUACACUGAGUCUCUGGACAUGUGCAUCAAUGGGGCCUGUCAGAUUGUGGGCUGUGACCUUGAACUCGGAAGUCCGGCCAAGGAGGACAACUGCGGUGUGUGCAAUGGAGACGGCUCCUCAUGCAGGCUGGUGCGAGGGCACUACAAGUCCCAGCAGAUGGCGGGAAAGAGUGAUGACACAGUUGUCGUGGUCCCCUUCGGCAGUCGCCAUGUGCGCCUGGUCCUGAAAGGCCCCGAUCACUUGUACCUGGAAAGUAAGACCCUGCAGGGACUGAAGGAUGAGAGCAGCCUCAGUGACUCAGGGCAGCACUACCUGGAGAACACCACCAUAGACUUUCAGAAGUUUCCUGACAAGGAGGUCCUGAGAAUGACCGGCCCGCUGGGGGCUGAUUUCACCAUCAAAAUCCAGUCUGUUGGCAGCGCUGACAGUGUGGUGCAGUUCAUCUUUUACCAGCCCAUCAUCCACCGCUGGAGGGAAACUGACUUCUUCCCCUGUUCAGUGACCUGUGGAGGCGGGUAUCAGCUGACGUCGGCAGAAUGCUACGACCUGCGCAACGACAGGGUCAUUGUUGACCAGUACUGCCACUACUACCCUGAGAACAUCAAGCCGAAACCCAAAUUGCAGGAGUGCAAUAUGGACCCAUGUCCUGCCAGCGAUGGAUACAAGCAAAUCAUGCCCUAUGACCUCUACCAUCCCUUACCACGGUGGGAAAGUAGUCCAUGGACAGCCUGUUCCACAUCAUGCGGAGGGGGAAUCCAGACCCGCUCAGUGUCCUGUGUGGAGGAGGAUAUCCAAGGCACAGUCACAGCCACUGAGGAGUGGAAGUGCCUGUACGCAACCAAGACUCCCAUCCUACAGCCCUGCAACACCUUCGACUGCCCCACCUGGCUGGCGCAAGAGUGGUCUCCUUGCACGGUGACCUGCGGACAGGGUCUGCGCUACAGGGUGGUGCUCUGUGUGGAUUACCGUGGUCUGCACGCUGGUGGCUGCAAUGCCAAGACGAAGCCUCACAUCAAGGAGGAGUGCCUGGUGCCGGUGCCCUGCUACAAGCCUGUGGAGAAGCUCCCGGUGGAAGCGAAGUCACCCUGGUUUAAGCAGGCCCAGGAGCUGGAUGAGGAGACUACAGUCAGUGAGGAGCCCACGUUCGUCCCAGGGCCCUGGUCCCCCUGCAGUCACACUUGUGGAGCCGGGACGCAGCACCGGACUGUCCAGUGCCAGGUUCUUCUCUCCUUCACCCAGACCAUGGCCGACCUGCCAGAUGAUGAAUGUGAGGGUUCCAAGCCCCCCAAAACCCAGUCCUGCUAUCAGAGCCCUUGCAGGGACCUGAGGGUCGAGUCCCAGCCAGGGAGCAGGGAUCGUGGCCAAGCAGAGGAAGAGGAAGAGGAAGAAAGGACGGGGCCCUCAGACCGGGAGGAGCUGUACGAAUGGGAAUACGAAGGCUACACAGAGUGUUCGGAGAGCUGUGGAGGAGGUGUGCAGGAGGCGGUGGUGAUCUGCAGGAACAAGCAGACCCGCGAGCCAUUGAAGGAGAGCCUGUGUGUGAGGAUCCGCCGGCCGCCCCAGCAACUCCGAGCCUGUGGCACAGCACCCUGUCCUCCCAGGUGGGAGACAGGAGCUUGGAGCACUUGCUCAGCCACUUGUGGGGUCGGACUUCAGACCCGCUCAGUGUCUUGCGUCCACCCCAGGACCAAUGCCAACAACCACACAGUCACGGCAAGCGACAAGGCAUGCCGGUCUCCCAAACCGACCAUGGUCCAGGCCUGCAAUCGCUUUGACUGCCCACCCAUGUGGGAGCAGCAAGACUGGGGACUGUGUUCCCACAGCUGUCUCAACGGGACACAGAAGAGAAGGGUGCCAUGCAAGCAGCGGCUGGCCGAUGGCAGCGUACUGGAGCUGCCUGACGCCUUCUGCCCCUCGCCAGCCCCUGCCACAGUGCAGCCCUGUGCCUGGAAAGCUUGCCCCCCCAAAUGGAUACCCACAGAGUGGUCUCAGUGUUCGGUGACUUGUGGAGAGGGAACCCAAAGCCUGAUGUUGGUAUGCCAGCAGCAGGAUGAGGGUGGUGAACAUCGAACCCUGACCCCCAGUGCCUGCUCCACACCCCCUCCGCCAGGAGCCUUUCGCACAUGCUCCCUGGGACCUUGUACCAGAACAUUCAAGCCAAGUAGCACAAAACAAGUUCCAAGCAUCCUGGCCCAGAGGAAAGUGUACAUCCAGUGGAGGAAGGAAAAAAAGCUUCAGUUUGUCACGGGAGGGUAUGCCUACCUGUUUCCUCGUACCUCUGUGGUCAUCCGCUGCCCCACGCAACGAUUCCGCAAGGACCAGGUUGACUGGCUGAAGGACGGCAAGCCACUAGCCAACACGCCCAACCUUGUGAUCACCCCGCUGGGCUAUGUGAAGAUCCAGCAUCUUGGACCCACAAACACUGGUUUAUACACCUGCCUUGCUGGCCAGGCACGAGAGGACUUUGUCCUGAAGCUCACUGGUAGCAAGCGAAAACUAGCUGUUGAGGAAGCAGAUAUUUUGAAGACAAACAGCAAUGGAAAAGUAUAUCCUGAAUCUCCCAGCCCCCAGGAUCGCUGGCUGUCACUCAGUAGGUAUGAUGCGGUCAUUCAGAGGCUGCUGGACCUGAAGGGUUUAGCUCAAAAUGGACAAGAUUCCAGGGAGCUGCGGGAAUCAGCAGAAAGAAAUGGCUCUGCCCUGGAGAAUGAGGACAUGAUGCGUGAGGCUCAGUCCCCAGCAAUGCUGGUAGUGGAGAUGUGGCGUUUGGACGAGAUCCUCCGCAACCUGUCCCUAUGGCCUGGAGAACUUGAGGGGACGCAUGGAAAUGAGGUCCUGGUUCGGCUGCUGGGAGAACUGGUUCGACACCGUGGUGACAGCAAUGAGUCCACCCUUCUCCGUCCUGAAUGGUCCGAGCCCCCUAAGCAGGCCUCUGACACCCACAGAGCCACCUCCAGCUUUGGCGCAGGCACAUUUCAGUCUGGGAUCUCCACAGCUUUUGUCAGAGAGACUCCUCGAGCACCUACUAUAAUUCAGAAGAGCCAGAAAAGCCAGAAAACAGACCACAAGUCUUCCUCAGAGGUCGUGGCCUAUGUAGGGGCACUGCUUCUGCUGCCACAAGCAACCACCAGCAUUGAGCUCAAGUGUGAGGCAUCAGGGGUCCCUGAGCCGGUAGUCACCUGGUCCAAAGAUGGGAAGGAGCUACACUACAGUGACAGCCCUGCUGCCAGGAGCCUCACUGAGGAUCCAGGCCCUGAGCAAGGCUGAUGAAGGCCUCUACACGUGCACUGCCAAGAAUAGCGCUGGCUCCACAUCGCGCUCAUCACUGCUGCGGAU